AUGAGGUACUACCUGAGGUGUCCACACGCCUGCGCGAAGCUGGUCGCCGCGGUGAAGGCCGCGCAGAACAGCGCCGACAGCGCCCGGAACUUCCUGGCGGCCCGGCAGCGAGAAGCGAAGGAGCCCAGCGCCAGGGAGACCGUUACGACUCUGCAGAAACAGCUCGCGGACGUGAGCAAGCGGCUGGCCGAGUCGAAAAAGCAGGCCUCUGCUCACGAGAGCAAGUUCGUCGUGAAGAGGGUGCUGUUCCAGGCUGGCCAGGUGAUCUCGGCCUUCGAGGAGGAGCUGAAGAAGGCUACCGACGUCUGUGCGCCCCUGCUCGAGGAGGCGGGCCUCGACUUCCUCGUGGCCAACAGCGCGACCACGCUCGCGUCAGUCCUUCGGGAGCACGCGGCCGAGAAGGAUCUGACAGAGGAGGGCCUCUUCCAGCAGAUCGGAGGGACCUCCGAGGAGGCGUUCUCGGCGUGGCUUGCGGCCCUGCCGGAGAAAAUCGGCCGGGAGGAGGUGAGCUUCGACGAGGACCGGCGGAGGGCCGUCUUCCGGCACCUGGACGCGUCGAAGUCGGGCGCGGUCAGCCUGGAGAAUUGGAAGGACAUGUUCAAGAGGAGGUUUACUUGCGUCAAGCAGAUCGCGGUCACUGACGUGUUCGAGAUCUCCAAGAGCAAAACGACCUCCAAGAUAGAGAUUGGCGAGGUCCUAGAAGCGACUGGCCUGGCCAGCACCAAGACCGACGAGGGAGGCAUGACCCGCAUAGAGUGCAGGGUACUGUCCAGCGACACUGCGGGCUUCGUCACCAUCAAGGGGAACGAGGGCACCACGUACCUGGAGGAGGUGACGCCCUUCAAGACAUGUUCAGCGGACAUGGACAAGGCCCUCGUGGAGGCCGGCAAGGUGAUCGGCAAGGCCGACAACUUUCUGACCACGAAGUCCAAGGAGCUGGCCUCGGGGCCGGGGCCGAUGGCGGACGCGCGGGCGGAGCUGACGAAGCUCCGGCCUAAGGUCUCCAAGGCGCGAGUGGACUUCGACGCCCUGAAGAAGAAGCUCGCCGCCGCCAAGACGGCGUUCCUGAAGAAGGAGGCCGAGGAAAAGAACGCACACGUCGUGGCGAAGGAAAAGAAGCAGGCCGACGCUGUGAUGGACGUUGCGAAGGCAAAGGUGGACCCAAUGGAGGCCAGCGCGCAGAAGCUCGAGGAGGCGGCCAAGCCGCUAACGGGCCUCACCGCUGCCGAGCUGGAGGCGUUUGCGAGCCCGGCGUCCACGCUGGAG